AUGAUUGAAGACAAAUAUAUCGGUCUGGCUCUUGCCAUGACAUCGGCCUUGGCGAUUGGAACAAGCUUCGUUAUUACAAAAAAGGGAUUGAUUCAAGCAGAAGAGCGACAUGGCUUUGAAGGCGACGGCUUUGUCUACCUUCGAAAUCCCCUGUGGUGGGCCGGUAUUGCGACUCUUGGUCUAGGAGAAGUCUGCAACUUUGCCGCAUACGCUUUUGCCCCUGCUAUCCUCGUCACACCUCUUGGAGCUCUCAGUGUGCUCAUUGGCGCUGUUCUUGGCUCGUACUUCCUCAACGAAGAGCUUGGUACGCUGGGCAAGCUCGGCAGUGCUAUAUGCCUGAUCGGCGCUGUCAUUAUUGUUCUUCAUGCGCCUCCCGAUGAGGAGAUCGAGACCGUCGACGAGAUCUUGCACUACGCAAUUCAGCCAGGUUUUCUUCUCUACGCCUUCGCCGUUGUCGCUUUCGCCGUCUUCAUGAUUUACAAGAUCGCCCCUGUCUAUGGCAGGAGAAACGCCCUCAUUUAUCUUUCCAUCUGCUCCACCGUCGGAUCCAUCUCAGUCAUGUCUGUCAAGGCUUUUGGCAUUGCGCUUAAGCUUACUUUUGCUGGCCACAACCAGUUCAGCCACCCUUCGACAUACGUUUUCAUGAUUUUAACGGCCGUAUGCAUUGUGACUCAGAUGAAUUACUUCAACAAAGCUCUUGCCAGCUUUCCCACUAACAUCGUCAACCCUCUCUACUACGUAACGUUCACCACCGCCACCCUAUGUGCCUCCUUUAUCCUCUUCAGCGGAUUCAACACGAAUGACCCAGUCAACACCCUCUCGCUGCUUUGCGGAUUCUUGGUCACCUUUACGGGCGUCUAUCUUCUGAACCUUUCUAGAGGUGACCCCCAUGGUCAAAGGUUGACCGCCGGACGAGGAGGAAGCGACGCCACCGGUACCGACAUGGUCUCUGGUUUACAAACUCGUCUGAGCAUGCAGGCAAGGAGGAGCGGCGAUCCCUCACGACACAGCAUGAGCAGCCAACGCGGUGAUCGCGAGGGUCUCAUUCGCGCAUACGACGAGGAAGAAGCUGCUGGUUUCGCUCUGACCGACCUCGCCUCGGAUAGUGACGAAGAUGUUCGGCAUGCCAACGGCAAUGGAAAAGCGAGCUAUGACGAAAAUAUCGAGCUCGAUAAUCGCCACAAGUCAGGCGAUCGGUGA